AUGAUUAACGGCUCACGUUUGGAACGGCCAUGUCGCAACUGUGGACUUAUGUUGGGAUUAAAUUUAUCAAAAAAACCUGAACAGACUCUGUGGGAAGUUGGAAUUGGAGUUUGUAGCAUGUGCUUUAAUGCUAAUCGUGAUGGAGACUAUAAGAAGAUGACAAUGACUAGGGCAAUUGAAGAUUAUUGUUUGACAAAUACAGAUCUAAGUGAUACUAAACUGGCAGUCGUUAAGAAACCAAAUCCUCAUAGUAAAAAUAAAUUUAUGAAGUUAUAUUACAAAUUCCAAGUCGAGGAAAUAGCUAAAAUUCGUCAUGGAAGUGUGAAUAAUGCAUUUGUUGAAGCAUCUAUAAGAAGAGAUAUAAGAUUACAAAGUAAAUUAGAUAAACAAUAUGGAAUUCCUAAAUUAAAAGAUGACUCUAAACCCAAACUAUCUAAGAAAAAAAAAUCGACAACUGAAGAAGUUUUAAUGAAGUAUUCAAUAGUGAAAGAACCUCAUAUUCAUAAUUUCAGUAAACCAAUUAAACUAGGUCAAGGGAACAUGAUGAAAAGGUGUAUAGAUUGCAAUUUCGAAGUAAAGUGGGAGGAAAUAUAA